GAGAGUGCAAAUACUUGUAAGAGCAGCAAGUAGACGCGAUAACAAAUGACAGGAUGUGAAGGCACUGAAUAUACAUCGGGAGUUUCGCUUUGUUGUCCAAUAAUAUGAGAUGUCGCCUUGCUAAAUAUUUAAGGUCUAAAAUAGCAGUGUCAAUAAUAAUAACUGCCGUAUUUGGCCUUGUUAUCAAAGAAGCACUUUUUCCAGUCAGGGCUUUUUUACUUAACAGUCAUUUUACAGAACAGAAGAAACCGCUGCGGAAAUAUGGAGAUAGUCAAAAUGCAUUGCCUUCACCAUCCCCUGAAAGCCAUAAGAAGGCCGUUUUCAUACCUGCAAGUUUCUUAAACAGUGAGGUACCGAAGAAUGAAAGCUAUUGCAACUUCAAUUACAAGUUUCCGGACGUUUGGAACAUGACAGAAUUGUUUCUCGAGGCAACACCACAGCUAGGAAACAAUGGACCUUACCGAGUAGUGUACAAUCUCAUAGAAGGCCGAUUUGAAGACAACACUGUAGGUGUGACAUAUUGUACACAUGCAACACCAGAAUUUCUUUACCACAUUGCUGAAAUAGUGAAUCGGUGGGACGGCCCAGUGAGUGUAGCCGUUUUCGCACCAGGCACAGAUUUGUUCGUCAGUUUGAGUGUUCUGUAUCACAUGUGCAGAUGCCUCCCCGAAAUGUCACGCGUGACAAUACAUUUGAUUGUACAUUACAAAUAUUUUCCCAUGGAAUCCCAUUAUUCAGUAGUUGGCAGUAAACUGCUCGAAGACCUAGAUUUUUCAAACUGUUCCGCCCCACUAAACUUACUGAAUGGAAGAUUUGAGACCUUUCGACAUCAGCAAAAGUUAACAUAUCCUGUAAAUACGGCCCGUAAUGUAGCGCGAAUUGCAGCAAAAACCACUCACGUAUUGGUGUCAGAUGUAGAACUCUUACCAAGUUCAAACCUGGUACCAGCUUUCUUGUCUAUGUUCAAGAAAUUUAAGCAGCAUUUCGAUAAUGUUAGCCCACAUGCAACAAAACCUGAACUUCAGUUGAAAAGGUAUGUGUUUGUGUUACCUGUAUUUGAAGUUGAAGCAACUGUGCUGAAAGUUCCUAGCACCAAGAAAGAACUUCUACAACUGUAUUCUGAGAACCGGGCUGUGUAUUUUCAUCGCUGGGUAUGCUUACACUGCCAGAGGUUCCCAGGUCUUCAGAAGUGGCUCCAGAAGAAAAGUGACAAUGAAGACACACCACUGAUACAGCCAUUCCUCAUCGUGCAUCGUGAAUAUCCAUAUCAUCGCUGGGAACCCAUCUACAUUGGAACCAACAGUGAACCGCUUUAUAGUGAGAUACUGACAUGGGAAGGUCAGCAAGACAAAAUGACUCAGAUGGCUGAAAUGUGCCUGAUGCAGUAUAACUUCGUAAUACUUGACGGUGCAUUCCUCGUACACACUCCAGGUGUGAAACAUCGUAAAGAUAUCAGUCCAAAUCAGACUUUAUGGAGAAGGCCAUAUGAGUGGGAAAAUAUGAAGCGCUACAGGAACAUUGCACAGACAUUGCUGCAAAAAUAUACAUCAAGGAGAAGCUGCAAAAUCUGAACUGUUCAUUUACUGAUUUCGCUAAAUGUACCCAAAACCUAGACAGAAAUGUGAAUAGGAAGCAAUUGUCAAAAGCUGGAUGUGACAUAUGUGGUAUUGUUUCUCAUUCUUGAAAACACUAGUAUAUUUUUAUAAUCAAUAUUCUUCCAGUAUGAUUGAAAAUUCUGAAAAUUUUUAGUGUUGGCUGUGAAACUUCAGUAAUUAUAUUCAUUUGUGUGGGUGUAAAUGGACUAUAGUUGUGUUUUAGUCAUUCCAAAUCUUCCACAAUGUGUGAAGACAUUAAACAUUUCCAUACUAUAAACAGAUUUCACUGAUUAGGGAAAACUGUUGUAUUGGUGCAUCUAUUUAUUAUAAUAGAUCUUUUUUUGUAAUUUAUUAACCACGUUUUAUUGUGAAAUUAAAAGCAAAGAGAAAUACUGAAUAAAACACCGAGCAAAAAAAGUUCUAAUUCUCACCUACUCCUUGUCAAAUAUGAAGAGAACAUUCUGGAAAGAGCCAUAGUGUUGUAUACUAUUAAUUGUACACUGUUCCAUCAAACUCUCUAUAUGAGAGCCACGUAAGAGAGUCCUGGCAGCACUGGUAGCUGUUGGAGAAGAUGCUUUUUGACCUCACAGUUUUUGAAAAACAUCCUGGAAUACUAGUCACUGUGCCUGGAUUCAUAUUUUAGGUUUAUCUAUGCUGGAAUUCAUAAAUGUUUCUGCUGACUCUCUGCUUGUUUGUUCUAGGAAUGCAAAU